AUGUCAGCAAGUCAUAAUAACGACAACAACAUAUGGCAUACGGAUAAGAAUUAUUCAACUUUGUUGAAUAAAACGUAUCGUGUACGGAAAUCCAAGUCAGAAACAGCAGCGGAAAAUGACCUCAAAAUGCUCAGAAAACAGAAAAUCGACGAAAUAUGUCAAGCGUUAUUUGAACCAAUAAUAAUAAAAAAGCAAAUUCGUGAGGAAUAUUUGACGUUUGCUUCCGUCAAAGCCUUGCUUGCGCGAAACAAUGAAAAGACAGGGUUAAAUGAUUUGGCUGAAUGUGUUAUCAGUUACGAGUGGGCUGAUUUCACUUUCUCAUCGACAAGUCCAACGAUAACACUCUACGUCAAUAUGUGUAAUUACUUGCAAUCAAUUGAACCAAAGACCUCUGAAGAUCAGAUACUUGAAAAACAUCGACUACAAAAUCCUGGCGAACAACGUGGAAUACAUUGGAAAUUGAAUGAGAAGAAUUCAAUCGUUCAAAAAGCAUUAAAUGAAAUGAAGGUAUGGAAACAUCCUCAAGUGAUAAUAAAACAGAAAAAUAUCCGACCCGAAUACGUUGCAACGACAAAUCGAUUUAAACCAAUAAAACCAAAACCAACGAAAGAAACAGCGGCGGAAGAUCAGUUUCAAUGCAAUUAUGAUAUUGCUAUCGAUAAUUAUACCACUAUGAAUAACAAUAAUACUCAUGAUCAUCCAACAAUGCAAUAUUACUUUAUCGACUAUUCAACUCCAGUGAAUCCACAAAAUGGAGUUUCUGAAGGUUCUCUCUACAAUCAACAAGUGGAAAAAUUUAACACAUUUAAUCAGGCUGACGGUCAAAAUUGA